AUGGAGAUGAAGGGGAGCCGUGGACUCGUAGGUGGCCUGGACCAGAGAGGGCAAGGGGGCCACCUGGGCGUCGCUGGCCCUGUGUUACCCACCAGCUCCAUCUAUACAGCGGUGCAGCAACAGGACUACUCGGCCGGCGUCUGGCUCCGCAGGAAGGAAAAACUUGAACACUCUCAGCAAAAGUGCAUUGUGAUCUUUGCGUUGGUGUGCUGCUUUGCUGUUCUGGUGGCAUUGAUAUUCUCAGCCGUGGACAUCUGGGGUGAAGAUGAGGACGGGAUCACAGAAGACAACUGUAGUAAAAACUGCAGGGUAGUGCUUGUGGAGAACAUUCCUGAGGAUGUCUCCUUUACAGACAAUGGUACGUCCUACCUGCCCCUGUCGGUUGGGCUCCACAACUUAUUAGAUCGAGCCGUCCGGGCUGUGGAGAUAGUCUCCCCGAUGUGGCUCCUGAACUCCUCCGAUUAUGAAUCCAGCUUUGAGCCUGCUGCCAGGCAGGGAAGGGAACUGCUGUCCAGGCUCCAGGAGCUGAAUGCUAAAGGGGUCCAGCUGAAGAUCUCCAGUGAGAUGAUCAACUCCACCGAGCUCAAAAGCCUCGCCAGCCACAAUGCUGAGAUCCACUACGUGAACAUGACAGCACUGACCAAAGGGCAUCUCCACUCGUCCUUUUGGGUGGUGGACAGCAAACAUUUCUAUUUGGGCAGUGGCAGCAUGGACUGGAGGUCCCUGGCCACGAGGAAGGAGCUGGGUGUGUUGGUGUAUGACUGCAGCUGUCUGGCCCUGGACCUUCACAAAGUGUUCAGCCUGUACUGGGGGCUCCAGUAUAAAGACUUCAUCCCUUCCUUCUGGUCCAAGCGCCUCUUCGCCCUCUUCAACAGGGACACACCGCUGGAGCUAACCCUCAACAGCACCAAGGCCGAGGCCUACAUCUCUAGUUCGCCAGAUGUGUUUAUCCCCAAAGACCGGAGCAGCGAUCUUGAGGCCAUCAGCAGGGUCAUCCAGGAGGCCCACCAUUUCAUCUACAUCUCCAUCACCGACUACCUGCCCCUCCUCCAAAACAGCGCCCACAAGUACUGGUCCCGAAUCGAUGGCCUCAUCCGCGAGGCUCUGAUCCUGAGAAAGGUGCGGGUGCGAAUGCUGAUCAGCUGUUGGGAACAGACUCACCCUCUCACCUUCAACUUCGUCUGGUCCCUCAGGAGCCUUUGCAUGGAGCAGGCCAACUGCUCUCUGGAAGCUAAGUUCUUCAGUCCAAGAGAGCAGAGGGACGGCAGUCUCCAGGGAAUCAACCAUAAUAGGUUCAUGGUGACUGAACGAGCAGUUUACUUGGGCAACCUGGACUGGGUGGGGAAUGAGUUUACCUUCAAUGGAGGAGCGGCCCUGGUGAUCAGCCAGCCGGAGGGCAUCGAGGAGCGAAACUCCACCGUGGUAGAGCAGCUGAAGGCUGUGUUCGAGAGGGACUGGUUUUCACGUUACACACGCUCCCUCCAGAUGAAUAAGAUUCCUGUAUGCAACAAGCACCAGAUGAACAGGCUAGUACCAAUCAAAACAAGCCAUCUAGACAACGGGCCGGUGCCAAUCAAAACAAAUCAGUACAGUAAUGGACCUGCACCACUGAAAAACAAAGAACACGUGCCAGUUAAAAUCCCUCACCAUGAAAGCACACGGGGACCAAGCAGAAAUAGCUACCAGGACCCGGACAAUGGAUUGGCGUCGAUCGUAAGCAGUUCCUCAGAAAAAGGACGAGUCAAAAUGAGUCAGCCGGAGAACAGACAGGUGCAAAUAAAAAUGAAUUAUCUCGACAGCCAAAUGGAGCCAUUGCUUCCCAGCCAGCCUGCAGAGAGCAGCGGCAGCAGGGAGCUCUACAACGGCUCCCUGUGAUCAAUAGACCUUCUGCAUUGAACUUCUUUCUCAGAAUGAAUGAAUGGAGGCUUCGUCUUAUCCAGCGGCCAUGGACAACAGAUUUCCCUUCGUUUUAUAGAACCCACAAGGCACUGAAGUAAUAUCUGAUUCAACUGAUGGCUAGAUGUGUGGGACUCUGGCUGAAGAGUAAAUAUUCCUCCGCAGGUCUGGCACUUUCAGAUGACUCCACGAGAAUGGAAAUAAAACCCGCUGAUAA